CCGAUUCCUUCACGUGAUGGGGUCCCAUAAAAUGCAAACUCACUCCAUUCUGUACACAUUUUCUUUCUUCGCCCAAACUUCGCAAACAAACACCCCAACACAUCCAUGGCAAAUGCGUUCUGUUACUCUUCUUCGUCAUUCAGCGGCGUGCAAAAAGCUCGUAUUCCUCCCCUAACUUCCACCUCCAAGCCACCUCCUCUUUUCGACGGAACUACCAGGUUGUACAUCAGUUAUCUUUGUCCCUAUGCUCAGCGUGUUUGGAUCACUCGGGACUACAAGGGACUACAGGACAAGAUCGAGCUGGUUCCUUUUGAUCUUCCAAACAGGCCUGCCUGGUAUAAGGAGAAAGUCUACCCAGAAAACAAGGUGCCAUCAUUGGAGCACAAUGGGAAGGUCUUGGGAGAAAGUCUCUAUUUGAUGAAAUACAUAGACGACAACUUCGAAGGUCCAUCACUUAUUCCCAGUGAUCCUGCCAAGAAAGAAUUUGGUGAGCAGUUGAUUUCUUAUGUUGAUACUUUCUCCAAAGAGCUGUAUUCAUUGAAAGCAGAUCCAAUACAACAAGCCAGUCCUGCUUUUGAUUACUUGGAGAGUUCUCUUGGUAAAUUUGAUGAUGGUCCAUUCUUUCUUGGUCAAUUUAGCUGGGUGGAUAUUGCCUAUGUUCCGUUUGUUGAAAGAUUCCAGCUUGUCCUUUUUGAGUUGUUCAAACAUGACAUAACUGAAGGAAGACCUAAACUUGCAGCAUGGAUUGAGGAAGUAAACAAGAUUGAUGUGUAUACACAAACAAGAGGUGAUCCAAAGGAGAUUCUUGAUCUUUUCAAGAAACGGUUAUUGGCUCAACAGUAAAAGCCGGGACGUCGUGCUCUAAGAUGUAGAUUAUUGGCAAUAAAGUGUUAUGUGUGUGUAUAUUGAAUUGUCAUUCUGCUGUUUUAUUCGAAGUAAUAUAUAAAAUUUUGGUCUAAAAUAUAUGUAUAAAAAGAAGAUAAAAAAAGGAUAGCGUGGUGAACUUAGGGAGAUUAGCAUGGAAAUAAUAAUAAUCAGUGAAAAUACAUGUAUGUUUACUUUUUUUUUAUAAUAUUGAAAAAUAAUAAUUUGUCCAACUAACAAAACUAACUAGUUUAGUUGAAAAUGAACCACGUCACAGACCGCAAAAAGCAAUGAAGAGGUUUCCUAACCUCGUUCACCGAAUAAUAUAGUAAAAAAAGAUAAUAACUGAAUUAAUUCUCCUUUUGCAUCCACAAAAAUAACGGGUGAAUGAUAAGUAUGAAAAAUACUUAUUAUUCUUAUUUUAUUGGACUCCUUAAUUGUACUUAAUUAUGUGUUUUGUGGGUAGUUUUAGGUUCUUUUAGGUUAGAUAUAUUUUGUGUUAUCUUUGAGAUUAUUGUAUAGGAAAGUGAAGGAUUGGAGAAGAAGUGAAGUUAUUCUGUCAGGACCCAGUCGCCCAGCGAAAUGGACCAGUCGCCCAGCGAGUGUUCUCUUUCGCCCAGCGAGUAAUCACCGGUCGCCCAGCGAGUAAGUCAUCUCGCCCAGCGAGAAGACGGUUUUCUGAAGUGGUUAUAGUUUCGAAAACUUACACGAAACGGUGUGCUGGAGUGUGGGAACGCGACAGAACCAGAAAGGAGACGAAAAAGCGUCAUUCUAGGGCAAGGAGACUUCACAACAAUUCAUCCAUUCCAUCAAAUUCAUCCAUACUUUGUUCUAGAUGCUUAGGAGUGACUAAACUCCUCCUUCAUUGGGGUUGGAUGUAAUGAACCUAUACUCUUUGUAAUUUUUCUAUGCAAUGUAAUCUCUUUCGUUGUUCAUAUGUUUUAUCUCAAUUAUAAAUGUGCUUGAUGGAAAUCUUUGCUAUUUGGUUGUAUCUAAUUAUUGGAAAAUGAAUUAGAACUUAACCUUAGAUAGAACAACCAUGAGAUUGGGUUCUAGGAAUAGACGUAAUCUCUAGGUCAUUCUAUACAUUAAAUCUUAAUGCAAGUCAUGUGUUAAAAUAG